AGACCAGCUCUGUGAAGACCUGGUGUUACCCUUCACUGACAAGGAACGCGCAUUUAGGAAGGCUUCCCAAGCUGCAGGGGUUUGCUCCCACUUCUGUUCUACAUGCAGCUACUAGGCAAACCUGUGAGAUGCCUGGAUUCAAGUACCAGAUGAGUCAGCUGUAUGCAGUGAAGAACAGGAGGACAACCUCACAAAAGAAGGAGAACAUCUGAGCCAUCUGAAAUUGAAGAAAGAUUGGAAUCUUUAAUAUGCAGAGUGGGAGAGAAGAGUACUUCUUCUUUGGAGAGCAACUUGGAAGGCCUAGCUGGUGUCUUGGAGGCUGAUCUACCAAACUACAGAAGCAAGAUAUUAAGAAUUCUUUGUACAGUGUAUGUAUGCAAAAGAUUUGUGGAUCCAGUGCACGCCUGUUACCAGAAAAGCUCACAGUUUACACAACACUCGUUGGGUUGCUGAAUGCCAGGAACUACAAUUUUGGAGGGGAAUUUGUAGAAGCCAUGAUUCGUCAGGUCAAAGAAUGUUUGAAAGCCAAUCUGUACAAUGAAGCUGUGUAUUUAGUUCGUUUUCUAUCUGAUCUUGUGAAUUGUCAUGUAAUAGCUGCUCCUUCAAUGGUAGCCAUGUUUGAGAACUUUGUGAGUGUGACUCAAGAGGAAGAUGUGCCCCAGGUGCGAUGUGACUGGUAUGUGUUUGCAUUUCUGUCAUCUCUGCCCUGGGUUGGGAAGGAACUGUAUGAGAAAAAGGAUGCUGAGAUGGACCGCAUUUUGUCCCAGACUGAAAGCUAUUUGAAACGGCGUCAGAAGAUCCAUGUACCCAUG